UUCUUUUUUUCAAAGAAGUUUAGACGGCUCCUCCCUCUUCCCUUUCCCUCCACCUCCACCGCUUCCAUCCGUCUCCCCGCCGCCUCGCUCCCUACCGUACGGACUGCACGAGCCCCGGGACGGAUCGCGAGCCCAGCCGGAUUGCGGAGGUUUCACGGACUGCAUCCGUCCGCGAUCCGCCAAGCUUCCCCGCCUGACUUGCCCGGACUGCCAGGUGGCCUAGCCGAACAGCCCCCGACCCCCAACAACCCCCGCCGGGGCUCGUGGAUUGCCCUCGCCCGCCCGGCUGGGCCUGGCCCCCCACCGCAACCCGACCGUCCCCUUUCAGGCCGGACUGCCCCGCCGGCCCGGGAGUCCCAUGAGCCCGUGAUCCACUCCCCCGGAUCCCCCUGCCCGGGGAUGGCGCGGCCUGCGGGCGACAGGUCCCCGGCCCCGCCGCUGACCGGGCAGGCCGGGGGCCAGGCGGGCGGAGCGGGGCUGCUCAGCCUCCGGACUCUCCUGCAAGGCCCGGUGAAGACGAAGGAGCCGGCCAGCUGCCUCCUGAAGGAGAAGGAGCGGAAGGCGCGUCCGGAGCAGGAGGACGACGAGGAGGAGGAGGAAGAGGGGUCCCCCCGGGCCCGGGCCGGGGGUCCCGGGACCCUGCUGGGCUCCCUGCUGUGGGAGCGGGCCCUGCCCUUCGGGGAGGUGGAGUACGUGGACUUGGACGCCUUCCUGCUGGAGCACGGGCUGCCGCCCAGCCCCCCGGGCCCGGGCCCCCCGGCCCCCGCCGCCCCCUCGCCCCCCGCCCCCGGGCCCGGCUCCUGCGGCUCCUCGGCCCGCUCCUCGCCCGGGGAGGGCAUGAUGGAGGCCGGGGCCGGGACCCCCGCCCGCCGGGGAGCCGGAGGGGGCCACGCAGUCCCAGCCCCUCGGGACACCCCCAGCCCCGUGGACCCAGAGGCUGUGGAGGUGCUGAUGACCUUUGACCCUGAUCCGGCUGAUCUGGCCUUGUCCAGCGUCCCCGGCCACGAGACCUUCGACCCCCGGAGGCAUCGCUUCUCAGAGGAGGAGCUCAAGCCCCAGCCCAUCAUGAAGAAAGCCCGGAAGAUACAGGUGCCGGACGAACAAAAGGAUGAGAAGUACUGGAGUCGCCGCUACAAGAAUAACGAGGCUGCGAAGCGCUCGCGGGAUGCCCGGCGGCUGAAGGAGAAUCAGAUCUCGGUGCGGGCGGCCUUCUUGGAGAAGGAGAACGCGCUCCUGCGGCAGGAAGUGGUUUCCAUCCGCCAGGAACUGUCCCAUUACCGUUCGGUGCUCUCCCGCUACCAGGCCCAGCACGGGGCCCUGUGAGGCUCCGGCCCCACGCCGCCCGCCCCCAUUCCCCACCCUCCCCCUGGCCGGCCGCUGCUCAGCAGAGGACUGGGCUCCCCGGAUGGGAGGGCCGGGAGGCCCGGUAGUGGAGAGAAAUGAAGGCAGGUUAGGCGGAUGAGCCCUGACGCCCCGCCCUGGGUUCCGGGGACUCCCCCGGCCCGGCUGGCCGGGAGAAAGGAGAAGUCCGGACACGUGGAAAGACCCCUGGGGCCGAGGCCCAGGGGGUUGGUGUCGAAGGUGGAGUGCUCUGGCCCUUGGAAAUUGUGGGGAGCACAGACUGGAGCCCUCCUGCCUGUGUGUAAGAGAUGCCACAGGUGGAGGCCUGCGGGGGCCCCUAGACUACUCCCCCCCACCUUUUCUACCGCCCCCUCCCCAACCCCAAACACGCAAACCCGAGUCUCCGCUCCCAGUUCCCCCUGCUCCCCACUUCUCCUUUGGGUAGCAGGUGGAGACUUCUGGUUCCGGGCUGGGCCCCAGUGGAGUCUGUGGGGACGGUGAGGUUUCAGGGAUGGGGGGCGGGGGGGGAAGGCCUGGGUACCUGGGCCAGUGCCAGAUGAUGAUAAAUAUAUAUUUUUUUUAAGAAAAAGAAGAGCCACCGGGUCCAGGAGGAUGGGGACGGGGUGGAGGGGGAGGAGGAAGUCUGUUUCUCCGUCUUGUGUGUUGCCCGCUGGGGACCCAGGCCUUCCCUGCCCCCAGCUCACCUAUCCAUUUGCCCCUGGCGGCGUCUUCACUGCAGUUUACAAAUCUUGAAUAAAGCGUGAGACCGAGUCCCCCA